UCAAAAUACUGAAGAAGAAAGAAAGAAAGAAAUAAAUAAAAUAACGGAGGAACCCUCCCUUUCUGUACUCUAGACAGACACUUCACAUUCCAAGCAGCCAUCACUCUAACUUUCGGCAACCUUGUCUUCUCCUCGUUUGAGCCCAAGAUUUUUAGAGAAAUGGCUGCCAGUUUCGUUUCUAAAUGCUCUCGUGGGGACUGUUCAUUGUUCAGGGGCCUUGGUACCAAUGUUUCUAAUUUACUGAGCACAGCCACUCGAAUGACAUGGAGCAAUUUCUUAUCUCAGCAUCAAAGAACUUUCAUACAGAUGAGGACUGUUCUCAAGGUUGUGGAUAACUCAGGAGCAAAAAAGGUGAUGUGCAUACAACCUUUGAAGGGGAGGAAAGGGGCAAGGUUGGGGGACACCAUCAUUGCCUCUGUAAAGGAAGCUGCUCCAAAUGGAAAAGUGAAGAAAGGCGCGGUUGUGCGAGGUGUAGUAGUGCGUGCUGCAAUGCAGCGUGGCCGUUGUGAUGGGAGUGAGGUCAAGUUCGAUGAUAAUGCAGUAGUGAUUAUUGACAAGCAAGGCCAGCCAGUGGGGAGCAGGGUUUUUGGGCCAGUUCCACAUGAGCUGAGGAAAAAAAAGCAUGUCAAGAUCCUUGCUCUGGCAGAGCAUAUUGCCUGAGGUAUGGAUUACUUUGGUUUCUAUGUUCUAGACAUCUGGUAGAAUUUUUCAUUUUAAAAAAAAGGAAAAUGGGUAGAGUUUUUAAAAGAGAACAAAACUGUUCUAUACUUUCGUGGAGAAUGUUAUAGCAUCCAGUGCUGAGCAACUAGUUAUCGCAGCAAAAGUCAUUGUUUUGCCCCUGGAUUUAUAUAGGUCCUGCUUUUAAUUUGCAUUAGGAUCCUUCCUGUCCUAAUUGAAGUUCUGGACACUGAGCACUGCAGCAUAAUUAAACUGUGGAAUCAUGGCUCUUUAGGACAUCUUUCUCAGAUGCAUACUGGUUCAAAAUCUGUUUUCCAUGCUUCAAUGAAAAAUUGCCCCCCCAUUGCAAGUCCAACCCUGCGAGGGAAUCUCAUGGAUGGAUCCCACAAAUUCAAUGGUUGAGAUUUUUUCUACAACUGUUCUCAGGGAAUAUUUUGAAUAAGAUUUCGCAUUAUUGUUUUUGCUUCUACUUUCUAGCGACUUCCGAAUAUUUUUUUAUUUAAUAACUUUCACCCUGUUCAAGACUCGUAGACUGGGCUUGUUUUUGCCAAUUUAGCCAGGAUCUUGGGCACGACAGAUUUAUUUAUUUAUUUGUUACAGAAA